CAGAAAACCAUUGUAAUACUCCACACCAGAAGACAUACAAUUUUGGACAUGUACAGAAGAGCUAACUGUCUUGGUCUACAGACUUUCACUUCAUCUAAUGUGACUGCAAAUCAGACCAACACCACCUCUGCUGCAACUGAGUUCUGGGAACGGCGUGUGCUGGGCGUGUCUGGAGGCAUUGAGGAGCUGGGCAGUGUGAGACGGGAGCUGGCUUCGUGUCUUCUGGCCUGCUGGGUGAUCUGCUACUUCAGCAUCUGGAAAGGUGUCAGAUCUUCUGGAAAGGUAGUGUAUUUCACAGCCACGUUCCCCUACGUGAUGCUCCUGAUACUGCUGAUCAGGGGCUUGACUCUACCUGGAGCUCGGGAAGGGAUCUACUACUACCUGUAUCCAGACCUGAACCGCCUGGCUAACCUGGAGGUCUGGAUAGAAGCAGGAUCUCAAAUAUUUUUCUCCUACAGCCUGACUGCAGGGACUCCGCAUGUCCUGGGCAGCUAUAAUAAGUACAACAACAACUGUCAUAUGGACUGCUUUUGGCUCUGUCUGCUGAACAGUGGGACCAGUUUUGUUGCUGGAUUUGUCGUCUUCUCUGUACUUGGAUUCAUGGCUCAGAAACAGGGUGUUAGUGUUGACACUGUGGUCGAGUCAGGUCCAAGUUUGGCCUUCAUUGCUUACCCUCAGGCAACAGCUCUGAUGCCUUUUCCACAGUUCUGGACAGCCUGCUUCUUCCUGAUGCUCAUUCUGCUGACUAUCGACACACAUUUUGUGAUAGUGGAAAGUUUUAUCACCACGGUGACCGAUUUGUUUCCAAAGUGGUUUCGUGCACCAUUGAGGCACAAGAUCUUUGUCCUCGCCGUCUGUGUCUCCAGCUUCCUCAUACAGCUUACCUUGGUUACAGAGGGAGGAAUUUACAUAUUCCAACUCAUUGACUUCUACGGCUCUACCAGAGUCAGUCAGAAUUUUAUGGCUAUCUGUGAAUGCCUGGCUGUGGGCUGGAUAUUUGGUGCUGAUCGCCUUUCCGACAUCAUAGAGGACAUGACAGGACAGAGACCAUCAGUUUUCUUUAAACUCUGCUGGAAAUACUUCAUCCCUCUUCUGUCACUGAUCACCUUAAUCCUGUACCUGAUUGAUUACAAAGCCCUCAAGUUUAACGACUGGUACGUUUACCCUGACUGGGCGUAUGCUCUAGGAUGGACCAUGACCCUCUCCUCUGUUCUCAUGGUGCCACUGUGGGCAGCUGGACAGAUGUGUUUGACAGCAGGAACCUUCAGACAGCGUUUGUCUGUCCUCUGUCGUCCUGCUGAAGAUCCAGCCUGGCAGAGGAGAGCCAUGGGAGAGGAGGGAACAACUGUUGAACUGAGGACGUCUGCAGUGACCACUUAGUAAACACAUGAUGAAGAUGGUGAUGCACCAAACAACCACAGAGCACACCACAGGAUUCAUCACAUCAUGAAAUGCUUAAGCAUGUCU